AUGGAGCUGUACCUCAGCGCCUGCUCCAAGGCUGCCAAUGUUGCCAACACCAAAACGACCACCAGUGGCCCGUCCACGGACAGCCAGCAGUGUGGAGAUGGCCCUCAUAGAGCCCACUUCAUGGGGGUUGGACCAGCUCAGCUACUGGACCUGCCUCUGGGAGUCAAGCUGCCUAUGAUCCCAGGAAGUGAUACUGUCUACUUUACUACGAAGUUAAGUGAAAAGCUUUUUCGGCCUUCUUGCGAUUUUAACCUGACUGAUCCUUACUGUCGACUUUUGGAAAACCAAUAUAAAAGUCUCCAUGAUCCACACUUACGAGCAUACUAUAAGCGCAAAGAUAUCCUGAGGAGAUUAAAGAAAGGGGGAUACGUAACCAGAAAUAAUAAAAUUGUAUGUACCUUGAGAGAAUUGAAUAAAUACAGGCACUAUCUUACCAGUUUAAAAUUAGACUUUGAAAGAAACUAUGUAAGAGAACAAAAAGUGCUUGCACAACAACUACAUAAGCUACAGGAAAACAAUCAAAUUCCUGAUUGUUCUGAUGUUGCACAGCUCCAAAACUGGUUGCUAAUGGAGACCCCUCAAUCAAUGAAGGACCAGGAGCGGUUAGUAAGGCACAGAUACCUGGACAUGAUAAGUAAGGAGCUGGAACAACUGGAGCGCACAGCAGAAGAACAGCGUCUGCUCCUGAUGAACAGAGAGGAACGACGACAGCGGGAACACACCAGAAGAAAACUCAAUCUCCGCAGAAAGAUUGAAGAGGAGUGGAAAACAAAAGAGAUGUUACUUUUGACAAAGAUUGGAGAAGAUGUAAAAAGAGAACAAAAGAUAGAAGAACAACGACGUAGAAGCAGAGAAGAGAGUGACAGGAAGAAACAAGCCCUUCUAGAGAAAAAAAUGGCUUAUCAUUUACAAAGAAUGCAAGAUAUUGGCUUCAAAGGAGAAGAUAUGGAAAAAAUUACAUUUAAAUACAGAGGACAAGAUGGAACACAAUACAACUAUUCUCCGAAGAAGAAAAAGAAGUCUACCGAUGACAUAAAGUUAGUUUAUUCUGACCAGAAAUCAUGUAAAGGACCAUAUGGUAACACAGUAAACUCUGCUCUUCAGUCUCAACCUAGUUCAAAGAGUGUCACAAAAAAGUCGGCAACAUCAGUUUACCACCAGUCAGAUGUACAGGAUAAUGAUACAUUUCAAAAGAAAGAUGGAAUGACAACUAACAGAUCAAAUAUUUUUGAUGACAGAGGAACUGCAACCAUGUCAGCUCGAAAUUCAGUUAUUUCACCUCAAAUUUCAUCCUCAAGAAAUUUCUUCAAAUAUGUACCCUCUGCGAAGGAAGAGAAAGAUAUUAAUACUUAUUGGAAUGGAAGAUCAAACAAGAGAUCAAGCUACAUGUGUGACCCAGACUCUCAUGCUGUGGCUGCUGGCAUUUUUUCUUCUCCUGUUUGCUCAAAUAUACAACAGAGUUUCCAAAAAAAUUGCUUUCAAGAAAAAGUAACUUCUGAAGAAUUGAAUAGUAUAAUUCAGAAUAUAAUGACCUGGGUUGUGGCUACAGUAACUAGCAUAUUAUACCCAGCCAUCACAAAAUAUGAAGAAAGGUUACAAAAUAAUACAUAUCCACUGUCUGAUGACUCCAUCCUCUCUUCAGAUAGUUCAAGUUUCUGUAGUACAUGCAGCGAAGAAUUUACAUACAGAAGCUACACACCUGAAAUAGCUAGAACGUUUCAGCCAGACCCUUGUGCAUUUACAGUUGAUGUGUCAGUAAAAAGAACAAACACAACUUUAGAUCAUCCUUCUGCACAUAUGGAAAGAACAGCUGUUGGGAAAACAUAUAACACAAAAGGACAGACCGUGAACUCUAAACUCAAAUAUGAUAAAUCCAGACUCCAAUGUUCAUAUCCUAAGAUCAGAAAUAGUAAGUCUGACAGUCACUUAUUAGCAUUCUUUGAAACAGACACUAAAAGAUCUAGGGACGCUACCACUGAAACUGAUAAAACUGACAGCUUGGGGAGUUCAUUUUUUGGUGAUCAAAAAGGAAAAACCAUGGAUGAAAUAAAGAAUUUAAAAAAUGUUUUUGUUAACUUCAAAUGUUAUUUGAAAGAAGAAACUCAAUUGAUUUUAGAAAGCAUUUUUCAAGAAAUAAUGUCUGAUUUAACCCAGGCGAUUCCCUCUCUUUCUUCUGUUACUGCUGAAGUUUUUGUUGACCAAAAUGAGCCUGAAAAAGAUGAUGUGCUCUCCAAUGUUGAUAUCUCCUCAGCAGCUUCUGAUAUUGUGGAAAACAUGCUUGAGAAAUUAGAAUCUGCAGUUGAGAAAACAUAUGUUGAAAUGUAUUCACAGGAAGACUUGCCAGUUGACAUUAAACCAAGCUUAACAGCCUAUCAGGAACCCACAUCAUCAAAUGAAAAACCUUUAAAAGACUCACUGCCUGGUAGUUCAGAACCCAUGUGUGAUAUUGCAGAGAACAUGGUACAAGAUAUUUUAGAAAGGCUGAAGACUCUUGCAUCUUCUAAACAAAAUGACCGUCCUCAUCCUGAAGACACAGUGAAACUUUCCUAUCAGCAACUUCCGACAGAACCAACAUAUACAUUCCUUCAAAGAGAGGACAGUAAAAAAUCUAGUUCUGAAUCUGAUGCAGUUGUCAAAGAAGAAAUACAAAAUUUGGUAUCAAAAGCUUUUUCCCAGUCCUCUUUGGUUGGUUACAUAGAAGAAGCAAUCAGCACCAUCCUAGGUUUUGUACAAACUGAACUUAAUGAUGAGACACUUAUUGCAUCUGAAGAAACAGUAUUACUCCUGCAGCUAUUUGAUGAUAUUUUCACUCAGCUCCAUCAGGAACCUGGAAAAGGUAGACAACCUAGAGUAAAAAUGACUUCUGACACUGAAGAAAAGUACAGACUUGCUGGCACUAGAUUAUCUAAUCAAGCUAAGCCUAGAAGAUCAUUUUCACCCAUUAAUGUUCCAGGCAUGGCCCUUUAUUCUGAAGAUGAUAAUGAAGAGAUAGACAAGCUGGUAAAAAAUGUGAUUGAUUCUUCUUUCAAAGAGGAGAAAACAAAAUCACAAAAACAGAUUCCUAAGCAACAGUCCACAAAGGGAAACACUUGUUUUGAACACAGAACAAAUAUUGAACCACCUACAAAAUCCACUCCUAGAAGCAAAGUUGUAUUUCAUGAUUGGGAAUUGAAGUCUGAGCUACCACCUCUUAAUAAUGAUGGCAUUUUAAAGAAAAAGGCCCGCUUGAAUAAAGACAUUUCGUUUUUUGGCCGAGAUCAAAAACAUCAAAUACAAAAGGCUUCAGAAAAUAUAGUUAAAGCUAUUUUAACAGAAAUGCUCAAGGAGGUACCUUCUGUUCCUCCUGGUCAGUUAAACACCCGAGGACUGUCAAAUGAAGAAUGGAUGGACCAUAUGUUCUCUGUAUCAGAAAUUAACACAGUAGCCCAAGAAAUAACAGAUGCUGUGUUAAGUAUACUUCACAAGGCAUCAGGCUACAUUUCUAAUACCAUUAAAACUUCCGUUUCAUCAUCAGUUCAUCAAACUUCACGAAAUAAUUUUGAAACUCAUCCCACAAUCAAGGAAACACCAAAUAAAAAGCCAUUGAAAAUAUGGUUUGACAGUGAAAAGAAAAUGAAAUACUUAUCUGCAGUCAACGUAGAUACUACAGAUAGUUCCUGGGCAAAAUUGCAAGGAAGUGACUCUAAACCCGUAGAGGACAUUAAUGACAAGAUCAUAGAUACAGUUUUUAAAAGGCUGAAGUUGUUUGUUUGUCCAAAAUUGCAAAUGGACAUCAAACCUUCACUUGCCAAGCAAUCUUUAUUACAAUCUCAACUUAGUUCUUACACAGCUAAAAUAGUAAACAUCGUUUUGAGUGCUAUCCAGAAUGAACUGGAACUCAGUAAGGAAAACCUAAAUCUUAGGGAAGUCAACCAUACCAAAACCUUUCCAAAAGAGAAAAGAUAUUUUGAUGACACUGAUAGUAAAUUAAAAUCUCUUGUAACAAAUGUCAAUGAUGACAUUAUGGCAAGUCCGUUAUUAACUUGUAUUUGUGAGAUGUUAUUAAGUAAAAAUGCAGACUCAAGAAAUACUUCACUUCUUUCAGAGUCUGAAACUUCAUAUGGAUCUAAGAACACUGGUAAACAAUAUAGUCUGCCAGGUAGGCAGGAUAAAAAAGCUUUUUACAAAACUCUGUCUACUCCCUGUGCUUUCCACAGUAUCAUUGAUGGGAAAGAUCUCAAAGAGAACGGUAAACUGCAAGUGAUAGACAGAAUUGCGGAGACACUACAUGAAAUGUUAAGCAAGCUCACAGAAACCCACACUCACCCUCAGCCAUCUUGUAGUCACCAAAACAAAGAGAAGACGAAUGCAAAUCAGCAAACUGCUGCAUGGAAGUCUAAUACUCAUCUCAUUUCCAAAGCAAUUUUGGAAUAUAUUCUUGCAAAAUUAUGCUGUAUUGACACGGAUACCAGUUGUGCAAGUUCUGGAUUUAAAGCUCUCUCUGAGUCGCUUGACCUUGACAACCUAUCAUUUACCUCAAUUAUUGAAGAAAUGGGCAAAUGCACCGACAUCAUCUCCAGGAUUGUUUCCAUACUGAUUCAGGAAGAUAAUAAAGACGUGACCAAAAGCAAUGCAAAUAUUGCUCCUGUGUCUUCCAAAACAGAGAGAACUAAAGAAACACAUCCAAAUAAACUGAAAGCUGCAGCUUCGGAUAUUGUUAACAUGGUCUUUGCUGAACUGGAAGGGUUUGCCAGUGGAAAUUUAGAAACUCUAGAUGCUAUUAAUGAAGAAAGUGAGAAGAGCAGUCAAAUGGAUUGGGAGUGUGAAAAUAGCAGUGUUUUCACAGAUACACACGAGGAAUCAUUGCAGUCUGCUUUAUACGUGCAUGCAAAGAAGAUAUCAAAUGCUAUUUUGAAGGCUAUUCAGACAGAAUUAAAUGAGGAUUCAUCAGAUUCGAGAAAAGAUGUAAAAAAUCCACCACCUGAGGCACAAAUGUUUAAGAACAUAGUCAAUUUAGUUUUAGACGCAGUAUCCUCAAAUAUGAUUAAUGAAACUGAAUCUUCAGAGUGUGGCACUUCAGAUUUUUGCACGGAAAAUUAUCAUUACAGGCCAACUUAUGGAAAUUUUCUUCCUGGAGGAGCUGAAUCAGAUUCAUUUCUAGAAGAUGAUGGACAUACAGAGAAAAUAGUUAUCAGAGAGACAUCACAACUAAGAGACGAAACUAAAACAUGUUGUCUUGAACAAUGGCUUCUAGAAAGAGCCUUAAAUGAAAUUGAAGUAAAACUCAAAGAACCACAUAAAUCUCCAAUUACUCCCAUUAUAAGAAAUAUUUUGAAGGAAAUUUUUCAAAACGCUUUGAUAAAUCAAUUAAGUGUGCUCCCUCUCUCCCACCCUCCUUUUAGUGGUAUGUCUCACAAUGUUGAUGAGCCAAUUACUCAAACAUCUGUUUCAUUUAUUGAUAAAAUGAUGGAUCCUUUUGUGUCUGAAGGUGAUGUAACCAUAGUAACAGAUAAUAUUGUUAGAACUAUAUUUCAUAAACUUUAUUUAGCUGCCAUGAAAGGAAGAAAUGUAAGGGAAAAUAAGUAUAAAAAGAUCACCUUUUCAGCAAAUGAUUCUUAUCCUGAACACACCUGUAAGAGAAAGUCUUCUGUCACACUAUUGGACAGAAACCCACAUAUUCUCCAGUCCAGAUUCAACGUUGACAAGCAGACCAAGGAAAAUGUAGUCGAAGACAUUGUACAGGCAGUAUUAACAAAUUUAGAAAGUUUUGCUACUUCCAAAGUAACAUCUCUCUUGUUUCCCCAAGAGAACUUCAUAGGUCCAAUGCCUUUACCUAUUGAGGAAAAUAAGACUGCAUCAAGGAAAGCAUUAUUAGCUAAAGAUUCAUAUUCAGAUGAGCAAUCUUCCUGUUGCUCAGUGGAUCAGAUUAAGUUAGGAAAGACCAACUUUUGCCAACUGUCUUCAUCUAAAUUAAAUUCUUAUGCGACAGAAGUGGCUAGAAAACUUUUGCAAGGUAUAAAACAUGAGUUAGAUAAAGAAGGAAAAAUUCCUUUCUCAACUCCUAACAUUGUGGUUUCUGAUAGUAAUAUUGCAAGUCAAAUUGUUAACACAGUGUUAGAUAUUGUAUCAGUUAAAAGCAAAUGUGACAAAAACAAUUCUGACAGUAAACUUGACUCAGGUCAGCAAGAAGGUAUUAUUGAAAUGCUGUUCAAUAAGAUAGAAUAUCGAAAAGUACUUCAGUUUCAAAUACAAGAUACCAUUGAAGGUAUCUUGUGUGACAUUUAUGAAAAAAUAGUGUAUCAGAAUAAUCUCUCCUAUGCCACACCUACUCUGAAAUGUAGCAUAGCUGGUAAACAUUCAGAAGCAAAUUCUGAAAUGUUCAUUGAGGGUACAAACAAGAUUAUUCCAAAACUUUCCGUUCCUAAAUCAGAUGUCAUUUUGAUAUCCAGAGAUAUAGUGAACAUUGUUCUUCAGAAUCUCAGUACGUCUGUAAUGUUUGUCAUGAAUGCAAAGACUCCUACUUCAGCAAGAUUGCCCCUGACCUUUUGUGAUACAUUUCCCAAAACAGAAAGUCAAGAAUCUCCUGUUAAGGCUUCAAAAAUUGAAAGAAAAACUGUGUCUUUUUCAUGCUCAAGAAAUCAGAAGUCAUCUUAUGCUGAGGAUAAUCAGAAAACUGUAGUAAAGAAAGAGGACAUCAAAAAAUCUGGCCUUGACCUAUGUGAGGAAAGUGUAAAUUUCAUUGCUACAACUAUUUUCAAUCGUUUAGAAUCUUUUGCCACAGAAAGAAUAGCUUCAUUAAUUACUUUUGCUUUCCAGCCUAACGAAAAAUCAUUUGUUAGCACAGAUUUGGGGAACCGUAAACAAAAUCAAAGCAUUUUUCAUGAAGCAAGCCAAGUAGAAUCAAAUGUGAAUGUCUGGAGACUGUCAACAACUGAAACCAUUCUCAGUCAAGAGGUCAGAGACCCUGCUUUUGCCAGUGACAGGAAGAACACUGGACCUGCAAUUCAUGUACCACAAGCUAUCCUUAAGAAAUACGCUAAUGUCAUUGCCAGCAUUACCUUGAAGCUUAUUAAAAAUGAUUUAGACUUAGAAAUCCAAAAGAUAUAUCCACACUCAGAUAAUAUUUUGUUCCAAGAAAAUAUCAUUGUGAGUGAAAUUGUCAAUAGUAUGCUAAAGAUUUUAGAUAAAAGAUCUGUAAAGGAAACUGAUUUUUACUCAAAAGAGAAUCCCAACCUUUCACAAUUAACUGAAUCAGAUGCAAUAUCCCUGCAUAAGGAAGGAAAAACCAAACAAUCUCUGCUGACCAAGAAUCAACUAGAACAAAACCAAAUGAUAUCAGCAAAGAAAACCCAAAGAAUUAUUUUGGAGGAAAUAUUUAUGAGAAAUAGAGACUCAAAACAAAAAGAAAAAAAUGAAUUGCUGACUGUAGUGGAAGAACAUUUGAAUAAGUUGUAUCAAAGAGUAAUGGACAUUAUAGGCCAUUUGCCUCCAUUUAAUGAAACUUCUAAUUUGACAUCUAAUUCCAAAGUUAAUACUUCAGGCAUAACACAAAAAAAUGUUCUUCAAGCAUCUAUUAACACCGAGGCAAACGACAUAGUUGAAAGUGUCUUGGGAAAAAUGUACUCUGUGGUUGUGACAUCAAUAUAUGAAAGUAAUAAAAGGAAAGAAACAGAAAUGCCUGACUACAAAGAUCCCUCACUAUUGAAAUCAUCAAGGUACAGAGAAACUAAACAAGCAGGAGAAAGAAGUAACUCUCCCAGACACACAGUAUCACAGAUUCAUUCUUACACAGACAGUCAAAAUGUCUCUGUGUUGGAAAAGCCUUUUUUGCAAUAUUUGCCAUCGCAAGUAGAAAAAGAUUUAGUUCAAAUAGUUCUUGAUAAAAUCACAAAUUUUGUCUCACUUCAUGUAGAUGAGAACUUUCCCUCUGAAAACAGUCCUAAGAACAGCCCUAAGCCAAGUUUUAAAACAAGUUUGAAACCAAGAUCAAAAGGUAGCUCUUUGUCUAAAGGUACAACAAAACCACACCUAGGCCCAAAUGGUGCUAAGGCCAAGAGCAAGACCAAGUUGGGUCCUGGGGAGAAGAUUCCAAAAGAUGGCCAGUCCAAGACUGCCACUGGACUGUCAAACGUUCAACCAACAGGAGACGACAAAAAUUUACUGGAAACAAAAUUACCCAAUUCAGAAUUAAAAAUGUUUGCAAAGAUCAUAGUAAGUAAUAUCCUGGAAGCAGUUGUGAAAGAAUUUGAAAAGGUGAAAAAAAACAGAGCAAUGGUAAAUAUGAAAGCUUUGCCAUCUGAUCAAAUUGUGGCAGCUGAUAAAAUAGUUAACAUGGUUUUACAAGAAUUACAUGUUACAAAAAAGCAUCCUUUUGAUUAUCCAGUAAAAUCCUCACAUUUGGAUGACCUUAAACUUUCACAGGGGAAUAUAGGUUCAGAGUUCCUUACCCAUCAAUCAUGUUUUUACUUGGAGAAUGUUUCUUCACAGCUAGAACAAAUUUUUCCUAAGGAAGGUAUAUUUAAAAAAAUGUUUGACAAAUGGCAGACAGAAUCAAAUGACAUGGAAAAUGAAAAAUGUAAGCUAUUGACAAUUGCUGAAAAUGUUUUGACUGAAAUUUCAAUAAAAGCAAAAGAAUUAGAAUAUUCUCUUUCACUUUUAAAUUUGCCACCUCUUGAGAAUUAUGAAAGCAGGUUUUAUCAUCGUCGUAAAGGAGCUUCGACUAGAGCUGAGGAUACCAAAGCACAAAUUAAUAUGUUUGGAAGGGAAAUUGUUGAAAUGCUAUUUGAAAAACUGCAGCUUUGUUUUUUGUCCCAAUUGCCCUCUCCAGAUUAUAAAGAAAUGCCAGCAAAUACUAAAGAACACAUAACCGCUAAAAGUAAAUACGGUGUUCCGUGCAAGCGAAUGCCCAGCAGUUUACCACUCUCUACCAGGAAGACGAAAGACACAUUUUCUGUGAGCUCUCGCAACCAAGUUGUUCAGGAUAUCAUAGAAAGGGUUUUAAACAUAUUGGAGUCCUUUGUGGACUUGAAGUUUAAACAUAUCUCUAAAUACGAGUUUUCUGAAAUAGUGAAAAUGCCUAUAGAAAACCUUUUUCCUGUCCAACAGAGACUACUGAGCAAAAAGAUGUUGCCAAGACUACAACCACUAAAAACGUUUUCUGAUGAAUCCAAGUUAAGUAUUAUUUCCAAGGAAAAUAUACAGAAUACCCUUCUACAGGUUCAUUCAUUCCAUUCAGAAUUACUUAUAUAUGCCGUCAGUAUUGUCAGUGACAUGCUUGGUAUGCUUAAGAACAAGCUAGACAAAGAAAUAAGCCAAAUGGAACCCUCUUCAAUUAGUACUUUGAAAGAGAACUUUGUAGCAAGUGAUAUCAUUGGCACACUAAUGGACCAGUGUACUCAUUUCAAUGAGUCUUUGAUCAAAAAUCUUGCACAGGAAAAUUUGCAAGGAGUUGAAAAUGCCUACUUUAUUAACCAGGUUAGACUUGAAACACGUAUGAAAACGCCCACAUCAAAGUUAAAGGAAGCCAGUUUGGGGAAUAAGUCUCCACAAAUGAGUGUCCCCAGCAUGGUGCCUUAUUCAGAGGAAGACAGGGAAAAGAAAUAUAAGAUUUCAUCAAAUUUACCCUCCUAUGUCAGCUCCUCUGUAGAAGACACAAUCAAAAGCUUAGAGCCAGUGGAAAGGCCCGAUUCAGAAACUAUACCAUCAUUUUCUCUACACAAGGUACAAGAUCACAGCCCAAGAAGACCGAACUUUGGCUAUUUCGAUGAGGUGGUGACAGGAAAUAGCUUCGUUCCUGAAGGCAGUGUCUUACAAAAACUUUUUAAGAAAGCAAAUGAUUCGACAGAAACAGCAUUAAAGCAAGUCAUGUCAUUUAUGGAAACAGGAAAAAGCGAAAAUCCCAGAGUGUUUCAUUAUGAGACUCUAAAACAAGUUGUUGAGCCAAACCCAAUUCAGACAACUGUUCCUCCACUCAAAAUAUGUUUAGCUGCAGAAAACAUUGUGAAUACUGUGCUGUCCAGCUAUGGCAUUCCAAGUCAACCCCACACGAACGAAAGCAUGGAAGCAAUGAAACCAUUUUUCAUAUCAAAGCAAAGCCCUUUUCCUGAGGUAUGUGGAGCACAAAGGAAUGAGGAAAAAAGUUUGCUUAGAAUGUGGCAUAGAAGAAUCAGCUGCUUACCUGAAGAAGAAAACAAAAAACCCGAAGUCAGCAGGAUAGAUUCUUCUUUAUUGCACAAAUGGCAUAAAAAUAAGUACCCAAAGACAACAGAAUCUCUGAAUGAAAUUGAAGUCAUGGCUUUUGCUGAUCAUGAACUGGGUCUUAGCGAAAUCCAUUCAAUAGCGAGGCAUGUCACCACAUCUGUGGUCACACAUCUAAAGAACUUCAGGACUAAAGUUUUCAGUGAGGAGAAAAUAUCUAUUAUUUCUACAUUAUCAAGGAAAAAAUAUGAAUCUAAACAGCCUCAAAAAAGUAUAUACAAUGAUGUUUCAAUUUGUCAAUUUUGUGAGCAUCUCACUGAGUCAGUCAUUUACCAUUUAAUUUCAAGCAUUUCUGAUGGCACCAAAGAAAGCAGAGAAAAAGAGAAAAUAUCUGAAAUCCAAGAAGCAGCAUUUAACAAGAUUAUUUCAGUGCAUUCUCAAGUGUUUGAGACCAGGUCAAUUUCUAUUGGAGAACUUGCUUUAAAUAUUUCUGAAAUCAUUAUUAAAAUACUUUGUAAUAGUAACAUUAUAAAGGCUGACAGUGUACAGCAAAUAUGUUCCAUAAAAACAAAUUUCGUUUACUGUCCAGGAGUGGCUUCUGCUGACUUUGAUAACCUCUUUCAGGAUCUCUCAAUAGGAGUGAUUCAUGUACUGUCUAAAGAAAUAGGAAUAAAUCAACACUUUGAGAACAAUAGAGGAAACAAAUUAUGCUCUGUGAUUAGGAAUGAUAGUGUGUCCAUUUAUGACAAAACCAAUACCAUGGAAACACAGACUGGUCCUAAAGAUUGGCAGUCAUCUAUUCAACAAAUGGAUCAACUAGUUCAAAAAAAAAAAUUAAACCAUCUUGCACAUAAGUUAGACAACCUAGUUGGUAACCUAAAAACAAACGAAUCCAAAGACAUAGUCAAUAAAGUUUUUAAUAUUGUUUUAGAUUUAUUUUUGCCUGAUGAAUGCCCAGAUAGGGCUACAGAUUCUGGAGAAACAGCAAGAACAUUUUUCUCCUCCCCAAAUAAUCAACAAAAUAAUAACAUACUUACAAAUAACCUAGGGCUCUCCCCCAAAUCAGUUUUUCUUCUCAGUAUUGUGUGUGAGAAACUUAUUAGAAUACUUUUGGAAAAAUGUACAAGCACUGCCUCUCCUGAUAAUGAUCCUAUUUCUAAAGAAAUACCAGCAGAAGAACGCCAACUUUUAAAAAUACUUCAAAAUGUAGAAGACAGGAAAUUUGAUUUUUUAAAGAGAGCAACAGAUUGUGAAAAACUUCAUGACAAUUACAUGCCAGACCCUCUGGAAAAUAUGGAAGAAAUUGAUCAAGAUUUAUUGUCAUCAGACUCUGUCCUUACUGUUAUUUCCCACGGUUUAGUUAAAUCAUUGAUGGACAAAUUAGUUCACAGUGUACCACAAACUCCUGAAAGUCCACCUUUUGCAAAUGAACAUGUGAACUGCAGAACAAGAGAAACACAAGCUAGUUUCACAAAAACAAAAAGGUCAGAAUUAAGAGAAUCAGGACAAAGUCAAGGCUCUUUAAGAUUCUUGAGUUAUGACAGUAAUUCUUUGAGAGAAUCCUUGAACAAUACCAGUGUGGCUGGCUCCAAAAUACAAGCACCAUUUUGCAAGAAAUCCAAAGUAAAAUCUUCUUCCAUGUCUCCUCUCAAAAAACGAACAAAGAAAAUGGAUACAGUAGGCAUUCACAACAAGCUACAUCAAGGAGGUGUGAAUACAGGUGUUUAUUCAGCCACGUUUUUGGAAGAAAUAAUUUCAGAAUUGUUUUUUAAUCUCUCUACCUCAUUGUGGUGCAAAAAUAAGAACAUCAGUGAGGCCCGGCUGCAUGAGAUGAAUAGACUAUUUAUUAACAAUGUAGUGCAUGAAUUCAAUAACGUUCCAGUCCCUGUUCUCCGAUAUGCUGAAGAAAGGUUGUGUUUUCCACCAGUCCCUAAAGAAACUGUUAGUAAGAUUGUUGACUCAGUUUAUUAUGAUGUUUUACAGCAAUAUGAAACAAAAGUGACCUGUAGUUAUAAUCUAUCAUAUGACAAUACCUCACUAGCAGAACAAAUAACUAAUGGCAUAUUGUUAGAGAUUUUAGACUACCAACUCCCAUCUUCCCGUAGGGCACAGCUCAUGCCCCACUCUUAUUACCCUCUUCAAGCUGAAAUUAUACUGCAAAAGCUUCAAAAUAACCUGAGAGAAUUUAUUUCCGUACCCAAGUCUUCAGCAGGCUAUCACACCAUGUUAUCACACUCCUUUUUAGAGGAUGCCAUCAGAAAGCUUUUAUCUCAGCUCAUUCUUCCACCUGAUAAGGCUUCCUUCUUUAGAAAACAGUAUUUACGGAGUGCUGAUUUUAAUGAAAUGUCCACCCGUAUAACAAAUAAGGUUAUGUCAGCCAUUUCAAAGCAUAAAAUAUGGUUCACUAUAUAUGAUAAUCAAGACCUGUGUACUGGAACAAACCUCCAAAAGAUGGUGGAUUCUGUUUAUAGUAAUAUUUUGCAAAUGUCUGACUCUCUUGCUUCAGUACAGAAAGGCAUAAUCAGCCGAUGCCCAGUGAUAGUUGACCGAAUAGCCAGUUUUAUUAUCCAAGAGAUUAUUGAAAAUCAUCUUCAGCCAUUUUUGUGUGGAGAGCUUUUACCUCGUCCAAGGACUCCACUGGAUGCAGUCUCUAAUAUGGUGCAGCAGGUGCUCAGUGAAGUCAUAGAGUCAGACAGACCCCAGAAGCCAUUGCCCUCGGGUGUUUACCCAGAUACAUUUGUAGGGGAGAUUGUUGCUAGACUUUUAUCAAAGAUUUUCAACACAAAGCAUAACACUACAGUUGAGCUGAAAGGCAUAACCAAAAAAAUAGUAAACUCAAUAAAUAAUCAUUUUGAUGAAGCUAAAAUUCAUAUUCCGCAUGAUGAUAAAGAGCAGUGUUUCCCCUCUGCCAAUACGGAUAUUGUAGAUGAACUCGUCACCUUAGUUUAUGGAAAUGUUUUAAAACAGUAUGGGUUCGAUCCUAACAUUGACAAAGAGUCAGAAGAUACUGAUAAUUUUGUGGAAAAUAUUACCAAUUCAAUUAUAGCAACUAUUUCAGAUUACCUUCUUCAUCCACUAUUUUCUGGGGAUUUGUCUGCUUCUUCCUAUUCUAUUUCAGUGGCUGAGACUAUUGUCCAGGACAUCCUCAGUAACAUCAGUAAAUCUAUCAAGUCAAGCCAGAGUUUACCUCUGUAUAACACCUUGCUGCCAUACACAUUUUUAGAAAACAUGAUCAGAGUACUAUUAUCUAAAUUCUUUCCUUCUUUGUCUAGCAUGCCUCCUAACAAAGAAAAUCCCAAACAUAGAACAAAAUUGAAUUUCAAUGAAAUUGCUUCUAACCUCAUUAGUGAUAUUAGGAUGAAAAUCUCCCAACAUGAAAUUCGAUUUUCAAAAGAUGAAGAAGAAACCAAGUUUGUUUAUUCAGAAGAUGAUGUUCAGCAUCUUGUCGACUCAGUAUUCAAAAAUAUUUUACAAAAUUCUGAGUCUCCAGAAUCAGUUGAACAAAGUAUCACAAGCAGUAAUGAUUCUCUUAUUGAUAAGAUAGCAGGUUUCAUCAUCAAAUAUAUCUGUCAACAACAUCUUCAGCCGUUUGUGGAUGGAAAGGCAUUAUCUUCUUCAUCAUAUACAUGCUUUGGUAAUGAGAGAAGGCAAUUAUUUUAUGGCAGUGUUUAUUCCUCAACAUUUUUGGAAGAUGUGGUCUCUGGAGUAUUAAGCAAAAUAUUCCACAGGGUGGUAGGAAUUGUACAAACAAAAUCAGUAAGAGAUUCAGAAGGUGAACUGUUUGAUAAAGCUGAAAAACUCAUACACUUUAUUACAGAGGAAUUCUCAAAAGCCCAAGUUAGUGUUUUAGAUAAUGCUGAGGAACAAUUUUGUUUGCCUCCAGUGGAGAGAGACACAGUAAAUAAAACUAUUGACACGGUGUACAGCAAAAUUUUGCAGGAAUAUGAAAUGGAAAUCAUGCCCAGUAAAGAUUUUCUAAAUGACCCAAAGACAUUGGCUGAAAGGGUAACUAAAAUCAUCCUGUCCGAAAUUAUUAUUUUUCAAAUACAUCCAAAUCUUAUAGCAAAAUUGCCUUUGAGAUCACAUUCCAAACUCAGUGCAAAUGUUUUAAUAGGUAAAGUCCAACACAGUAUUAGUAAAUCAAGAUUCCGAAGACAAGCUUCAACAAUAUAUACAACUAUGUUAUCACACGCUCAUUUGGAAAAAAUAAUCACUCAGCUUAUAUCUAAGAUGAAUCCAUUCGCCUCUGGUGAAGAACAUGUAGAUAUUUCUCAAUCGGACUUAAAUAAUACAGUCAUAAAAUUGAUAAAUGAAAUAAUGUCAAUAAUUUCAAAACAUGCAAUAUGUAUUGUAAAACAUGGGAAUGAAAAACAAAGUGUGAUUUCAGAAAAAGCUAUCCAGUCUAUGGUUGAUUCCAUUUAUGCGGAUCUUUCUCAUUCAAAUCUGUACCAGUCUCUUACAAAAGAUAAAAAAGGCAUAAGUAAUAUACCUGUGUCACAAGUAGCAAGUUUUAUAAUAAAAGAGAUUUUUAACCAUCAUCUUCAGUCAUUUUUAUCUGGAGAUAAAUCUCUUCUUUCAGCUGCAGUUGAUCAAACUUAUCAACCAACAGCAAUUGAUUCUAAACAAAGAGAAUUGUCUCUUAUUGUGAACUCAGCUGUCUUUUUGGAGGAGGUAAUUUCUGAGCUUUUAUGCAAAAUUCUUUAUGCAUUUUCACAUAAUGUUUCGGCUGCUGAAAACCCAGAUAGAACAAAAGUCAAAAUCACUGAGAUUGUUGCAACAUUGGUAAAUUUUAUUGUUACGGAAUUCACCGCAUCAGAGAUUUUAGUUUCAGAUAACUUGGAUGAAAAUUUGUGUUUUUCAGAGAGAUAUAAAGAAAUGGUUCAAAAAAUGGUUCGUUCAAUUUAUGAAAAAAUAUUAGAUGAAUAUAAAUCUCUGAUUAAAAUAUAUAGGGUUUUACAAAGUGACACUCCCUGUUUUGGAAGGAAAAUAUAUCAUUUGCUAUUGGAAGAAAUUUAUGAUUACCAGGUGCAAUCAUUAGUUUCAGGAGAAUUAGAGUCUUCUUCCUAUUCUUCCCUUCAAGCUAAUAACAUUAUCACACGUGUGCUUAAGGUCAUCACAAAGGACAGUCACGCCUUGCCGUCAUGUAUGACUAUACUGCCUCGUUCUCAAUUAGAAGAUAUAAUUUACAAGCUCCUACUGCAUAUCUUCCCUUCCACUUACGAUGAAAAUGAUCUAAAAGAGGAGGAGGUUCCAUCAGAUUCUGAGUUUGAGGAUGCAGCUUCAAGUCUAACUGAUGAAAUUAUAAAAGAAAUUUCUGAACAUGAGAUCCGACUUUCCAUGGCAGAGGAUAAUGCCGAAAGUACACCUUUAGAAGCUGUUGAAAACAUGGUUGACUCCAUAUGUAAUAAUAUUCUGAAAAAAUCUGAAUUCCAAGAUGAAGUACAAAAAAGUGAAGACACAAAGGGAGACUCAUUUCUCAGUAAAAUAGCUGGCUUCAUUAUGAAGGAAAUCAUGGAUCUUCAUUUGCAGCCAUUUUUACAUGGUGAAGAAUCAUCUUUCAGCGAUAAGGACCAUGUCACUGAACCUUCUAACUCUGAUAAAGAAAAGGCACAACCAUCUCUAUAUUCAGCUACAUUUUUGGAAGAUGUAAUUGUUGACCUUGUUCACAAAUUUUAUUCUCUCCCCAUUUUGUCUGAAGAGUCUAAGGACAAAGAAAUGCCAGAGCUAGACACUGUGGACUGGGCUAUAAAAUUUGCAAAUUCUCUGAUUGGAGAAUUUAAGAAAAGUGAAAUUAAAGUUUUACCAAAUGCUGAAAAACUGUUUUCUUUCCCACCAAUUGAUAAAGAGACAGUUGGUAAGAUAUCUGAUUUUGUAUACGACCAGUUUAUAGGAAAAUGCGAAUCUGAUGAUGUGCAGAAAAAUGAUAAAAAUGACAUGUUUAUAGAAAUGAUUUGUGAUUUAGCUCAGAAAGCAAUCUCUGCAUUCAAGAUUCAACCACUUUUUUCAGGGGACUGGUCUUCUAUCUUUUUUUCAUUUCUAAAUCCAGAGAACAUCACCCAAAGAAUUCAACACUUACCACAAAACAUCUCUACAAAGGUAAUCAGUUGCUUGAAAGGGAAUCAACUUACUUUGCCACAGCAAUCAUAUAAACGCACUUCUUUAUCUUCAGACCAGAAAAAUACAACAGACAGUCUGGAAAUAGAUAAAGGUACAGUGAGUAGAAAGAAAAGUUCUAAAACCAAGAACAUCUCAAUGAAAAAAGAAGACAUCCAAAAUCCAAUACUUACUUCUAUAACUGCCAUUAUGAAAAGCAACAUGUUUAACCUGAUGUCAGGGUCAGUUGCAGAUAUGACAAACAAAAAGAAAGAAGAUAAAAAUAAAAUGGGAAGUUCUAGUCAAAGAUAUAGUGAGAAUGUAUCAAAAGUUACUUCUCCAGCUAGCAGUAUGAAGAAAAAAGAUCCUGUGAAGACAGAUUGGAGUGAAAAACCUAAAAAUGAUGAAAUAGACAAAAAAAGAAAAUUAGCUCCAGAAGAUAAGGAAUAUCAAGGUGAGGAUGUGCAUACACAUUUUUCAGUAGAUAUUAAUGAUCUAGAAUAUGAGAAGGAAGUACUUGAGUCAGAUUUCAAAAAAGACAAUGAUGAAAACAUUGACAAUACAAGAGAAAGAUCAUUUAAAAAAGACAAGAAGUCCUUUCAAGCAUCUUCUUUGGAAUCCCAGGAGAAAGACAUAGUGAAAAGUGAAAAGCUUCCAAAAAUGAAAAGUUUGGAAAUAGUAUCCCAAAAGUCAAGCAAUAAGGACAAGAGAGAAUUUGCAGUUCAAACAGAUAUGCAUGAGGUACAGUCCUCAGAUUAUGAACAUGUUCAAAAUGUCAUAGAAAAUAUUUAUGAUGAUGUUUUCGUACUAUCUUAUCAAGAACCAUCAGAUAUUUCAAGAUUAAGUUACAAUAAAAGCCCCUCACAUGAUAGAGCAUUAAAUGUAACUCAAGAAGCUAGCAAAGAUUUACUAGAGCCUGUUACAGUGGAAAAUUUUUCCUUCUCAACUAACGAAAAUAUCCCUUCCAAAGAAAAAGAAGAGAGAGAGGAAGAGAGAGAAAGAGAAAGAGAAAAAGAGGCAGAGAGAGAAAAAGAAAAAGAGAAAGAGAUUAAAAGUAAACCUAGUAUACAAGACUUACCUCAGAAAUCCCCAGAAAGUAAACCUGGGAUUUUUCCUGCUAAACUUUUAGAAGAUGUUAUUACUGAGAUGGUUAACAAAUUGAUUUUUUCUUCCUUACCUGAAACGCAAACACAUGAUAGAUGUCAAAAUAUAAAUGAUGAUGAAAAUCAAGCUGAACUCUACGAUACUGCUAUGAAACUUAUUGAUUCACUGCUCAAGGAGUUUUCAGAUGCUCAAAUUAAGGUAUUUAGGCCGGAUAAGGGAAAUCAACGUCCUCCACCUAUCGGCAGAGAAUCUUCAGUUUCUAAAAUGCCUUCCAGCCAUAAAAAACCAAGUACAGAUGAAACACCACCCAGUGUUAAAAUAAAAACUGAGGAUAAUCUUCCAUGUCCACAGAAAAUGUCUCAAAUAUCCUCUUCAGAUAAGAUAUCUUCCAUAGAAAAAAUACCAUCAGUUGAUAAAACAUUUGUCAAUAAAGUUGUUCACUCCUCCGUGUGCAACAUUUUGAAGGAAUAUAAAUCACAAGACUCCAUUUGUAAGAAUAUAAACAGUGAUGGAGAAAAUCUAGCAAGGCAGCUAUCUAGUGCGGUGAUAAAUGAAAUUUUUCAGCAUCAGCUUAACUUGAUAUUUUGUGAUGAUAUUCCAGUUUCAGCAUGUCUGCCUCUGGAAUCAAAGGAUGUUUUUAAAAAAGUCCAAAGGGUGGCCAAAACAGCCAGCAAAGAAUGCCAAACAUCAUCACCAUAUACCAUCAUGUUGCCUCAUAAAUUUUUAGAGAAUGUGAUUUCUGCUCUUUUAUCUAAAUUUUUCUCAAGAAUAUCCAGUACCAAAGCAAAACACUUUGGAAGUUAUUUGUUCACAGAACUAGAUGUCCUUCAUAUGAAGUUAGUGAGUACAGUCGCAGCCCACAUCUCGAAAAAUGAAGAUAUGACUAUCCAGUAUGUAGAACCCUUACAGUCCAAUGAUGAUGAAAUUAUUCAAUUAGUGGCUCAGUCUAUUUAUAAUAAUCUCUUGCCGCAGUUUGGAUCAGAAGAGAUUAUACAAAAUUGUGUGACUAGUGGCUGCAAAAUCCUUUCAGAAACCAUAGUUGACUUAGUUCUCCAAGAAGUGGCUAGCAAUCAGAUGCAGAACUAUUUUUGUGGAGACCUAACGCCAAAUCAGUGUGCGGAAGUUGAAAGGGUUGUUGAAAAUAUCCUUAAAGAAGUUAUCCGAACUCCCAACGUUCCCCCACGUGAAUCAUCACAUGCUCAUAAACUGUCUUAUAACAUAGUAGAAGAAAUUGCCGUAAAAUUUUUAUCAAAGCUUUUAUCUGUGUUUCCAAACGUGCAUAAGGAACGAGGCAAAUCCCCAGAAACUGAAAUGCAAAAAAUAUCCUCAAAAAUAUUAAAUUCAGUCCAAGAAUUUAUCUCUAAAAGUAAGAUUAAACUUGUAGCAGCAGGCAAGGAACCACCUACUGUGCCUUUGGCUGACAACGCAGUUAUUGACAAAGUAGUGAAUUCUGUUUAUACAAGUGUUUUAAAGCACUCUGGUUCUCUUGCUUCUGUAUUUAAAGAUUUAAUGAGUCAGAGCAAUGCCCUCUCUGAUAUAAUAGGUUUUUUAAUGGUGAAGGAAAUUUCUAAUUCCAAAUUUCAACCUCAAGAAGAGGAAGACGUAUCAAGUACAGAGUUAGUUCUGGAAGCUGUCAAAAUUAUGGAAAAAGUGGUCAAAAUUAUUGAUAAAUUUAACUUUCAGGAAAAGGCUUCAUGCAGAAAAGAUUCUACAUUAGAUGCCAGGUUUUUAGAGGAAACAUUGGCCUUGUUGUUGGCUAAACUAGUGAAGCUUCCAGGAACCUCAAUUGAAGAUGAAAAAAACUUACCACAGCCUGAGUUAAAUAAAAUUGCAUCGCAACUGACAAAAUCUGUAACAGCUGAAAUCUCUAAAAGUAACAUUAGUCUUGUUGCUGACGAUUCCAAAAAACAAGUUUUAAAUACAGAAAACAUAGAAAAGAUUUCUCAUGUAGUGGAUUCUGUUUAUAGUGAUGUCCUACAACAAUCUGGAACCCCAAAAGAACUUUAUUAUGAUAUCAGAGAUUCAAACACAGUUUUCCCUAAAAAAGUGGCUAGUUUAAUUGUUGAUAAAGUUUCAGGUUUUUCAUCAGAUACAAGUAGUUCAAAACAGCUAACUGCUGAUAACUCUAGGAAGCUAGAUGUUAAUAGAAUUGUUCGAAAGGCACGAUCACACUCUGAGAAUACAGUCUCUGACACAGACAAAGAGGAAUCAGACCAAGAAUCACCGGAAGAGGAAUUUUCAGCUGAAAUAGUUCCACAUGUUGGGAAAAGAGCAAUUAAAGUAGAUCCACGUAUUGUUUCUGAACACUUAGCAGUCAUUUCUGUAAAAACGCAACCCCUUGAGAAGCUUAAGAUGGAGUGUUUAAGAAAUACUGGACAUAGUAUAGCAGAACUGCGAAGAGCUUCAAUAACUGGUAGAAAUUACUCAGACACUUCUUAUACGGGAGAGAGAAAGAGGGAAAGACGCACCUCGUUGGAUAGGACUGGAAGACUGGAUGUAAAACCCUUAGAGGCUGUUUGCAGAAACUCAUUUCAGAAUAUAAGAAAGCCUGAUAUUAGCAAGGUGGAGCUUUUAAAAGAUGUUCAAAGCAAAAAAGAUCUUAUUAUUCGAUUAGUAGCUCAUGAUAUUGAUCAAGCUAAUAUGGAAGAUUACAUAGAAGAGGAAGUAAAUUCUGAGGAAGAAGAAGUCAUUUUAGGAGAGGUGUUUGCCCAAGACCAAUUUAUAAAUCAUGUGAAAAAAGUCAACAAGCCGGUAGAAAGCAAAGUUUCUCCUAAGUCAACUCCAAGCACCAGCAGCCUGAAAAAAUUCUUGUCACUAAGUAAAUGUUGUCACAUAUCUAGUGAAAAUAUUGAAAGUAUUGAACCAGUUUCAAAUCAGAUAAUAGAAUCUAAUGAGACAAAUGUUAAAAGAGCUGUUGCUGAGCUUGACAUGUCCACAGCAAAAAUGACGCCUGACACAGUCUCUUCUUGGGAGAAAAAGCCACAGCAUAAGAAAGAAGAAAAGAAUCUCGUUACUGAACCUGCACAUUACUACAUACAUAGAAUUAUGAGUUCAUCUUCAUACAACCAUGAUGAUCUCCUUGCAUCUAUGAGUGAUUCUGAAGAGCAUAAAACAGACACAAGUGCUAAAAUAUUAGAAGAAAAUUCUCAGAAGCAAAAUCUAGAGCGUGCCAACAGUGUUAAGUUUAUUACCAUCUUUGAAGGAUCCAGCGAUGUUCUUGGCAGUGGAUCUUCCUCAAAGGAAGCGUUACCAGAAACUCCUAAGCCCAGUAUCUCCAAACAAGGAUCUAAAAUGCUGGCAAAGGUAUCUUCAGCUCUGUCAAAGGUGUUUUCAAGAUCUAACCCUACCAUAUCUAAAUCUUCUUCACAACCUAACCAAGAUGAACAGUGA